AUGGGGCUUCUUAAAGUUGUUAAGAAUAAGGCCUACUUUAAGGGAUACCAAGUGAAAUUUAUAAGACGACGAGAGGGUAAAACUGAUUACUAUGCUCGGAAACGCUUGGUGACACAGGAUAAAAAUAAAUACAACACACCCAAAUACAGGAUGAUAGUUCAUGUAACAAACAGAGACAUAAUUUGUCAGAUUGCUUAUGCCCAUAUAGAGGGGGAUAUGAUAGUCUGCACAGCAUAUGCACACGAACUGCCAAAAUACGGUGUGAAGGUUGGCCUGACAAAUUACGCUGCAGCGUAUUGUACUGCCUGCUGCUGGCCACAGGCUUCUCAACAGGUUUGGCAUGGACAAGAUCUAUGAAGGCCAGGUCGAGGUGACUGGUGAUGAAUACAAUGUGGAAAGCAUUGAUGAUCAGCCAGGUGCCUUUACCUGCU